GAACAACCAAGCUAGGUUGGCAAGGGUGGCCAACUUGGAUGGAUUGGUUGGGAAGGGACAAAUGUCAAAGUUGGGGUUCCUAUAGGGAGGGAAUCUUUGUGCUUAUGGGGUUUCCUUGGUUGGGGACUCUCUUGGGACCUUCCCUCUCGUCCCUCUCUUUCUAUCCCAACCUUUCUCUUGCUCCUUCUAAUUCCUUGUGAGAUUCUUGAACUUUGAUUGAACCUUUGAGAUUGAGUUAAGUUCUCCUCCUACAGCUUACCCCCUAGUGCGUCGAAAGCCAUAGCGUCGCGAAUACUUUAUCAAUCAACAUGAUUCAAAUUGGGAACGGGCUGCCUGAUCCGUUUUGGGUGUCUGCACUGAGGCAGGUCGCCCUUGUGAAGAACAGGGUGCUGGCUACAGUUGGAGAUAAGGAGUGGAUCCCAUAUGUCAAGUGGUAUGGGAGUGCUCCAACUGUGAACAUGCUGAGGGCAUUUGGGUGCAUGGUGGUGUUUCAUGUGCCUAAGGAGAAAAGGGGGAAGUUGGAGGCUUCUGGAAGAUGGGGUGUGCACUUGGGGAUUGCAAAGGAUCACAAGGGUCAUGAGCAGCUGGAAGCGGCCAAGAGGUUGGUCCGCUAUGUGAGCGCUACGGCAUCAGUGGGAUUGGAGUACAGUGGAGUGAGGCAGCGGUUGCAGAGAGGUGCUGCAGAUGGGAAGAGUGGAGAGAUGCUCUUGAGUUGCUAUACUGACGCUAGCUUCAACUCAGUGAAAGCGGAUGGCACCAGCAUUGGGGGUUAUGUGUGCUUGCUAGGAGGUGGUGCUGUGAGCUGGCGCAGCAAGAAGCAGAAUGAGGUGGGAUUGUCCUCAUGUGAGACUGAGUUGGCAAGGGUGGCCAACUUGGAUGGAUUGGUUGGGAAGGGACAAAUGUCAAAGUUGGGGUUCCUAUAGGGAGGGAAUCUUUGUGCUUAUGGGGUUUCCUUGGUUGGGGACUCUCUUGGGACCUUCCCUCUCGUCCCUCUCUUUCUAUCCCAACCUUUCUCUUGCUCCUUCUAAUUCCUUGUGAGAUUCUUGAACUUUGAUUGAACCUUUGAGAUUGAAGUGCCAAAAAAAAAUUACCCUGCCGGUCAGAGUACAAUUUUUCUCAAGUCUGAUUCAGCAGGGUAGAACAUUCGGCACUCUGGGUGCUCAGGGUAAAAAAAGCAGAACCCAGUU